GGUUAAAAGGGAGGGAAGCGUACAGCGUAUUCCGAUGAGAAGGUUUCAUGACUGAUCGGUUUACGUUUGAAGCUCCAAACAUGUGCUUUCCCGGGCCGCGAUUUAAGCUGCAGAGAGCCUCCGGCUUCUUCCCAGAAGCAGGCCCCAUUCAAUGGCCACUAUUCUUGGUUCAGUUUUGUUUGAGAACAUAGACACAGCGCGGCACGGGCUCUUCGGCCCUUGAUGUUAUUGCCACUUCUCUUAUCCCACUCUGAGAUCAGACAAACCUAAUUAACCGUCAUUGUGCUAUCAUACAUGUGCCUAUCCAAGAGUCGCUUAAAUGUCCGUAAUGUAUCUGGUAGUACAUUCCAUGCACCCACCCCUCGUUGUGAAAAGGAUCUCUGACAAUCUCCCCUUUCCUCCUUAAAAUGAUGCCCCCAUCAUGACAGACAUGUCUGCUACGGGGAAAAGACUCUUAACUAUCCACUUUGUCAAUGCCUCUUGUAUACCUCUUUCAAGUCGCCUCUCAUUCUUUUUUGCUCCAAUGAGAAAAAAAUCCUAGCUCCCUCAACCUUUCUUCUUAAGACAGGCCCUCCAGUCCAGGCAGCAUCCUGAUGAAUUUUCUCUGCAACCCCUCUGAAAGCUUUUGCGUCUUUCAUAUAAUGAGGUGACCAGAAUUGAACACAAUAUUACUAGUGUAGCCUCACCAGGAUUCUGUAGAGCUGUGGAAUAUCCACAUGGCUCGUAAACUCGAUCCCUCUGCUAAUGAAAGCCAACACACCAUAUGUCUUAACAACCCUAUCAACUUGGGUGGCAACGUUGAGGGGUCUAUUGUGUUCCAGUCUCAUCUGCAGGAAUGCAUCAUAAGAUCUCUGAACAUGUUGAUUAAAAAUUUUUACCCAGAGGAGCUCCUGCAGAGAUGGCCUAGAGCUGAGAUGACUGACCUCCAACAGCCAUAACUGUCUUCUGAAAUGCAUCAUCCUCCAUACCCAGAGAAUAUUCAACAAUUGAGAAUUGAAUCAAAAGCGAGACAGAGCCUCCAGUGCAGAAGCUUUCAAAAUCACACUGCAUCUCCUCGAACUGCUGCGGUCAGUGUGGUGAAGCUGCUCUGAGACUGCUGUUCGGGUGUUCGGAAGAUCUGGAGUGAAGAGAGUUAAAACCGAGCAUCACUUCAGGAUCUGACAGAGUCGCCCAGUUUGUUGCAGCCUGAAUAUCAUUGGAUUUUGAACAUGGAAGAAAAAAGCACUGUUCACAGUAGGGAGAAACCGUACACAUGUUGUACGUGUGGACAAGGCUUCAGCAGGUCAUCUGCCCUAUCACAACAUAAAUACAGUCACACUGGGGAGAGGCCAUUCAUCUGUUCCGAGUGUGGGAAAGGAUUCACUCGAUCGUCCACCCUGUUGAAACACCAUCAGGUUCACACAGAGGACAGACCUUUUAAAUGCCCUGAAUGUGGAAAGUGCUAUAAAAGAUCUGAGGCCCUGAAGUUGCAUCAACGUGUUCACACUGAUGAGAGACCUUUCACUUGCUCUCACUGUGGAGCUGGGUUCAAGCAAGCAUGUGACCUCAUUAAUCACCAGCGGAUUCACACUGGGGAGAGACCAUUCAUCUGCUCAGAAUGCGGGAAAACAUUUGCACGGAAAUCAAUCCUGUUGAGUCACCAGCAUGUUCACACAGAAGAGAGACCUUAUAAAUGCCCAGACUGUGGAAAGUGUUACAAAAGGUCUGGGGACCUGAUGUUGCAUCAACGUAUUCACACUGAUGAAAGACCGUUCAGGUGCUCUCACUGUGGGACUGGGUUUAGGCGAUCAUUCCAACUUGCUGUACACCAGCGAUUUCACACUGGGGAGACGCCAUUCACCUGCACUGAGUGUGGGAAGGGAUUCGCUGUGAUAUCCAGCCUGCAGAAACACCAGCAACUUCACACAGAGGAGAGACCUUUUAAAUGCCCAGAUUGUGGGAAGUGCUUUAAAAGAUCUGGGAACUUGGUGUCCCAUCAACGUGUUCAUACUGACGAGAGACCAUUCAGGUGCUCUCAGUGUGGGUCUAGGUUCAAGUGGUCAACACAACUCACUGUACACCAGCGAUCGCACACAGGGGAGAGGCCAUACACCUGCACUGACCGUGGGAAGGGAUUUGCUAUGAAAUCUGAGCUGCAGCAUCACCAGCGAUCUCACACUGGGGAGAUACCAUUCACGUGCACGUGGGAUUCACUGUGAAAUCUAAACUGCUGUGUCAUCAGUGAGUUUGUGAGCAAGGGACUGACUGGUUUUUACUCUGAAUAUAUCCCUGCUUCAUCAUGUCCUUCCCUCACUGCUGGAAGAUCUAAUGAACAAUACUCUUGACCGUCUCUGAGAGACAACAGUGUAUUUUUAGACAACCAUGCAGCAGAGAAGCUUGUAGCUCUAUAAAAUUCAAUUAAUUUAUGAAGUACUUCAACGAUUAACAAGCUUUUAACCGCUAGAGAUAUCUCAAUCAAUAUUUUUCACCACUCUGGGUUCUGCAAUUCACCCCAAACAUUAUUACCCAUCAGAGUUCGCAACUUGCUAGGUUGGAACUCUUCUUGAUCCCUUCCCAAUGCCUCCUGACAUGGGGUAUCUCUGGCAAAGAUAUUCUUCAAAGUUCUGUUGAAAAUCAAGGAUUUUCCUGGCCUGCUUUAUGCACUGGUCUCUGUGUCAAAGAGUGUGGUGCUGGAAAAGCACAGCAGUCAGGCAGCAUCAGAGGGGCAGGAGAAUUGACGUUUCGAGCGUACGACCUUGAUCAGGAAUCUUCAUCAGGACUUAUGCUCGAAACGUCGAUUCUCCGGCUCCUCAAAUGUUGCCUGAUCAGCUGUGCUUUUCCAGCAACACGCUCUCUGACUCUGAUCUCCAGCAUCUGCAGUCCUCACUUUCUAUUGGUCUCUGUGCCAAUUGUAUGCCUUAUUUGUAAUUAUCCAUGCAUGUGAGCAAUCCUGAAUGUUUUGUCCCUAUUUGAUACAGUUGGCAGUUACUGAUUUUCUGCAAUCUUAGCUCUUAGCAGAGCUGAAUCACGAAGUGUAAUUCUACUCACAGCCCAUUGUAUAGUCUGUUAUCAGUUCCUGUUAUCUUCAGCUUUAUCCAAUAUCUUCCUCCCUUUUAAUUCAAAGGUUUAUCUGAGGAUCAUCCCUACUGGGUUAUUUGUCGUUCAGGGUACCUGCAGACAGUGGUGAGCAUUACCUUCUUGCAGUGAUGUAUUCUCAGCAUUACAUUACUUUAUUUCAGUUAUUUGAAAUCCAUUUAGACCAUUGCAUUUACUAAAACUAUAGUCAUAAGUGUAAUCAGUUUACAAUAUCUUACUCACUUCCCUUUUCUGCAGAAAAUAUAUUAUUAUAAGCUUUCAACGUCUUGCAUAUCAGUACAAAUGAACAAAUAGUGAGGAAUGCCACUAACUAGCCACAUCUAUAUUAUUCCUACCCGAUAGUAAGCAAUCAUGAGUUAUCUUUUAGUGUCUGAGAUCAAUCCCUGUUGUCAAUCCCUUCCAUUUCUUAACUUUCAGUUUUUUUUUAUUGUAUAGAAUCCCUACAGUGAGGAAACAGGUCCUUCAGCCCAACAAGUCCACACCGA